AGUAACACCACGGAGGGGGGCCAAGGCAGCCAGGCCAUGAGAUCUUAGGCCAUGUCGAGACGUGACGUGGUCCUUACCAAUGUUACUGUUGUCCAGCUACGGCGGGACCGAUGCCCAUGCCCAUGCCCAUGUCCAUGCCCAUGCCCUGUGAUCAGACCACCUCCACCCAAGGUUGAGGAUCCACCACCCACGGUUGAAGAACAGCCACCGCCACCGCCGCCGCCACCUCCACCUCCACCACCACCUCCUCCUCCUCCUCCACCCCAGAUAGAGCCAGACAAGUUUGAAGAGGCUCCCCCUCCCCCUCCCCCUCCUCCUCCUCCUCCCCCUCCCCCUCCCCCACCACUCCAAAAGCCAGCUAGAGAGCUGACAGUGGGUAUCAAUGGAUUUGGACGCAUUGGUCGUCUGGUGCUGCGAGUCUGCAUGGAGAAGGGCAUUAGGGUGGUAGCAGUGAAUGACCCAUUCAUUGAUCCAGAAUACAUGGUUUACAUGUUCAAAUAUGACUCCACACAUGGUAGAUACAAAGGAAACGUGGAACAUAAGAAUGGACAACUAGUUGUGGACAACCUUGAGAUCAACACGUACCAGUGCAAAGACCCUAAAGAAAUCCCCUGGAGCUCUAUAGGGAAUCCCUACGUGGUGGAGUGUACAGGCGUCUAUCUGUCCAUCGAGGCAGCUUCGGCACAUAUUUCAUCUGGUGCCAGGCGUGUGGUGGUCACUGCACCCUCCCCCGAUGCACCCAUGUUUGUCAUGGGAGUGAACGAGAAGGACUAUAACCCUGGCUCUAUGACCAUUGUCAGCAAUGCAUCCUGUACCACCAACUGCCUGGCUCCUCUCGCCAAGGUUAUUCAUGAAAACUUCGGGAUCGUGGAAGGGCUAAUGACCACAGUCCAUUCCUACACAGCCACUCAGAAGACAGUGGAUGGGCCAUCAAAGAAGGACUGGCGAGGUGGCCGCGGCGCUCACCAAAACAUCAUCCCAUCGUCCACUGGGGCUGCCAAGGCUGUAGGCAAAGUCAUCCCAGAGCUCAAAGGGAAGCUAACAGGAAUGGCAUUCCGGGUGCCAACCCCAAACGUGUCAGUUGUGGACCUGACCUGCCGCCUGGCCAAGCCUGCUUCUUACUCGGCUAUCACGGAGGCUGUGAAAGCUGCAGCCAAGGGACCUUUGGCUGGCAUCCUUGCUUACACAGAGGACCAGGUGGUCUCCACGGACUUUAACGGCAAUCCCCAUUCUUCCAUCUUUGAUGCUAAGGCUGGAAUUGCCCUCAAUGACAACUUCGUGAAGCUUGUUGCCUGGUACGACAACGAAUAUGGCUACAGUAACCGAGUGGUCGACCUCCUCCGCUACAUGUUUAGCCGAGAGAAGUAACACAAAAGGCCCCUCCUUGCUCCCCUGCGCACCUCGCGUUCCUGACUUCGGCUUCCACUCAAAGGCGCCGCCACCGGGUCAACAAUGAAAUAAAAACGAGAAUGCGCA